AAUCUGUUUGGGGAUUCAACGAUCUCCAAUGUUGGGAGGAGAGAGGACGAUGAUCAGAGUCGGCUGUUGGGGGAAUCGGCAUUCAACGGUAAAACUGCAGAAGAGAGAAAAGGCGACGUUGAAGUUCAAGAUCGAGGAGGAGGGGGUUCGCCAUUGAAGGGUUUUCUGAAGAAAUUGGAUAGGGAGUUCUCUGGUCGCAGGCACAGCGUCAAGCGAGAUCAAAGGGAAAAUAGAGAAAGAAGAGAUGAUUCUCACCCCCACUCACAUCAUCAUCAUGUGUUGGAUCUUCAUGUCGAUUCUGACGAUGCUCUAGGCGACAGUGCUCCUCCCGAAUGGGCAUUACUUCUCAUUGGCUGUCUUCUUGGUCUCGCCACAGGUCUCUGCGUCGCCGCUUUUAACAAAGGAGUGCAUCUCAUUCAUGAAUGGGCCUGGGCUGGUACUCCAACUGAGGGCGCUGCUUGGCUUCGAUUGCAGAGAUUGUCUGAUACGUGGCAUCGAAUUCUUUUGAUUCCUGUGACUGGUGGAGUCAUUGUUGGCUUGAUGCACGGUUUACUCGAAAUUAUGGAUCAAAUCAAGCAGUCCAGUUCUUCUCAAACACAGGGUUUUGAUUUGCUUGCUGGUUUUUCCCCUACAAUAAAGGCCAUUCAGGCUGCAGUUACUUUGGGUACUGGUGGUUCUUUGGGUCCUGAAGGCCCCAGCGUAGACAUCGGAAAGUCUUGUGCCAAUGGAUUCUCCUUAAUGAUGGAAAAUAACAGAGAAAAGAAUGAUAGCUCGUUUGCAGCAGGAGCAGCAGCUGGGAUUUCUUCAGGCUUCAAUGCAGCAGUUGCUGGUUGUUUCUUUGCUAUUGAAACGGUGUUAAGGCCUCUCCGUGCAGAGAAUUCUCCCCCGUUUACAACUGCCAUGAUUAUAUUGGCUUCUGUCAUCUCAUCGACUGUAUCAAAUGUUUUACUUGGAACCCAUUCAGCUUUUACAGUGCCUGCUUAUGAUUUGAAAUCUGCUGCAGGUGUUUUCAUUUACCUUUGCUUCUGUCCCAUUUGUUGCCCACCCCAGGCUUAUGCACUGGUUGGAAUGGCCGCUACACUAGCAUCAGUUUGCUCAGUACCUUUAACUUCAGUUCUACUUCUUUUUGAGCUGACAAAAGAUUAUAGAAUAUUACUUCCUCUCAUGGGUGCUGUUGGGUUGGCAAUAUGGGUUCCUUCAGUGACAAACCAAUCGAAGGAGAAUGAUGUACCUGAUUCAAGAAGCUUAGCAAGAGGAUAUUCUUCCCUUGCAGCUGAAGAUAAUGAUGGAGGGAACUGGAGACAAACCAAUGGAGAUGGUUUAGAACUCUCUGUUGUUGGAAAUGCUGGUGAUCACGAGGCUAUUGAUGAGGAACUUCUUCUGGAAAAUCUUAAGGUAUCCCUGGCCAUGUCAAAAAACUAUUUGAAAGCUUCUCUGGCUAUGACACUGAGAGAAGCAACCAAGUUAAUGGAUGAUGGCCAGCAGAAUAGUGUCCUGGUGGUUGAUGAUGAACAUUUUCUAGAAGGAAUAUUGACAUAUGGUGACAUCAAAAGGUUUCUGUCCAAGAAGACUAGUGAUACUUCUAAGAGUGAUUCAGGGCUUUUCGAUGCAAGUACAUGUCUUGUUUCUUCUGCCUGUACUCGAGGGAUUAGCUAUCGUGGAAAAGAGCGUGGACUUCUAACCUGUUACCCUGAUACCACCUUGGCUAUGGCCAAGGAUUUGAUGGAAGCCAAGGGUAUUAAGCAAUUGCCAGUGGUUCAACGGGGUGGAGAUUUUGGCAGACCGAAGAAACAAAGAAUUGUUGCUCUUCUUCAUUAUGACUCGCUUUGGAACUGUCUCAGGAAUGAAAUUAGUAAUCGGAAGACUCUGUUUCAAAGUAGACCGGAAAACAGUUUGGAUGUGAUCACUGCAAAUGGAAAUUAACUCUGCCAGGAGAGACUGAAGGUUGUCAUCAAACCUCAAGUUUCUUGGUUGCCCUUGAGGAAGAGAUUGUUGAAAGAGGCUAUAGGCUGUAGCAGCCAGUUUCACAGAAGCUAAGUUGAAAGUGAGACUCUGGCACCACAUCACGGUUCAUCCUUGUUUUGACGCCUCUAAUUUGUUAGUUGAUAGUUGAUACUUUAAAUACGAGUUCAAUUUUUCAGCCCUCUCAAGGUUAGCAGCUUGCCACAAGAACAAGUCAAUAUUGUCAUUCCAGUUUCAUUGAUACGCGAGAUUCUUUUGUAAAAUUUAGCACAUAGCAACUUGUAAAUCAAAUAUGAAAGAAGAAAGUAAUGGAUUACACUUUGAAAGAGACUUGGAUACUUGUACACAAAUUUGAUUUGAAGUCCUUUGGCCCGGUUACUGUCAUA